GCUCGCCUUUAACUGUCUGUCUUUAACUGGGGAUUCCCCCGCGUGACAAAAACAGCUUCGCCUUUCACAUGUCAGCUUAUCGCCUUUCAUUGCUCAUAUGCCCUCCGCCUGGAGCUCAUGCUGUUACCGGAUAUCUAGACGACGGGCGGCCGUUUCGCCUCUUUUCGCUUGCUUUUAACGCGUUUCAGCGAAGUUUGUAAUGACCGCAGUAUAGUUUUAAACUUCUUUAAACUCUAUAAUCGAUGGCCUCUCGCUGUGAGGUAACGUAUUAUCGGUUAGUGGCAUGAAACGAAGCGGCUCAUUCCUCUGGUUUCACAAAGGAGCGGUGGUUUCCUCAGGUGUCAGCAGGCUAUCCUCGGAGUCCGGGCACACCGCGGCGACAACACCCGCUACUAGCCUUUAAUACCUCGGGGACGGAGGGAGGGGGAAACCCAGCCACCAGCACCACCACCACCAUGGCGAGCGACGGCUGUAGGAAAGAUGAGCUGCAGGAGGACAACCGCACAGACUCGGGCAUCGAGUCGUACAGCUCCAUACUGAAGUCGGAGGAGCCCCGGGAUUCGAAUGGAGACUUCAGCGGGCCGAGGGACAAGCUUUCCACCGAGGAGGGGCGCCUGGACUCAGCCUAUGGCUCCUCGUCCAUCACGGUGGAGAGUCUGUCAGACAUAGUGGGGGGCUGCACGCUCUCCAGCGCCAAGGACGAGCCAGCACAGACCUCUGAACUCUCUGAACAGGAGGAGAACUUGCUCACAACUAUCACUGAAGAUGGAGACACAAUCCUGCACUUAGCAAUCAUCCAUGAAGACAAGUUUAUUGCUCAACAGUUGAUACAGCUAUUCCCAAAAGAGGUCCUGGACAUCCAAAACAAUCUCUAUCAGAGCCCUUUGCACCUGGCCACCUACCUGAACCUGACAGACGUGGUGAAGGGCCUGGUGGAGAAAGGGGCCAGUCUGGAGCUGCAGGACCAGGAGGGGAACACGGCGCUCCACGUGGCCUGUCAGCACGGGCAGAUAGAGUGUGCCACUGAGAUGACCAGAGAGGUUUCCCCCAGCAAGCUGGCGCCGGUCCUCGAGACCCAGAACUGGAGAGGUCUCGCCUGUCUUCACUUGGCUGCACUGAACAGACAACAUCAGAUUAUGAAGCUCCUGGUGAAAAAGGGAGCAGACCUGAAUAUCCAGGAAGGAACCAGUGGAAAAACAGCUCUCCAUCUCGCCGCCGAGCUGCAUGACAUCACGUCGGUGAAGCUGCUGCUCAGCAGGGGCGCCAACGUGGACGCCGCCAUGUUCAACGGCUGCACACCGCUGCAUCUCGCUGUGGGGAGGCAAGACGCCAACAUCGCCAACCUCCUCUGCCAGUCGGGAGCUGACACAAUGCUGCGAAACAUGGAGGACGAAACAGCGCUGGAUCUGGCCGACGGCAAUGAUGAUAUUCUUGCUCUAUUUCCCUUUGAUGACAUCCAGAUCUCCGGGAGGUCGGUGGUCAGUGUGAAGUUUUGAGCUGAAUCGUAGGCUUAAUAACAAUUUUUAAAUUAUCUGGAGCUUCACUGUGGCUGCAAUUUUGGUUUAAAACAGAAAAAGAAAGAAAAAAAGCUGCAUUUGAGCUAAAGUGUUCAUUAAAUAGUGCCUCUAUUUGUAGUACAUUCUGAUUUGACCUGUAUUUAGCCAUUAUCUAGACAAAUAUGUGCACCAUAUAAAUCUUACUUCGCUCUGACAAAGAGAGUGAUUCUGCUUAAUUGAACACUGAUAAAAUGUGAGUCAUUUGUUCAAUUAUUUUUCUUUGCCUCUGAAGGGGUUGCAGCAAUGUGAGUGUCAAACUUUCUAUCAACAUGUUCAAUUUCCAUAAGAAAUUCUACCUCUUUAUCACAGAAACCUUGUUUUAAUGGCUAUAAAUGUAACAUUCAAAUUGCCGUUUUUCAACUUGUAUAAGUGCUUUGAAAUGCCUUUUUUCCUUGGCCUUUUAUUGUGGUUACGUAAAUACUUGCACUGUUAAAAGUGCAGUCGGAGGCAGAACAAAAUGAAUGACCAUUACCCAAAUGUAAAACUAACUGUGUUCCCCAAAGAAACCUGCAAUCAUACAAAGACAAACUAAUCACAACCCUGUUAUUUCUGAGAAAACCCACAAAAAAUGUAAUAUAUAACACGAAAUGCAGCUUCCUCUUUUUGAUUUUUUUUAGGUUUUCUCUUAUUUAUCUCAUCCUAUCCUUCAUCUGCAGUAACUGCUCCUGUACUUUGGUGUGUAAUUACACUGCCCUGUCUAGUUAUUAUAAGCAGUUUGUUUAUUUUGUAAUAAAAUGGAAGAAAAAUAAAA